GAUACCCUUCCCUUCUCCAUCGUCGACCACCAUGCCGCUUAAUUACUCUAAGUGGGAUCAACUUGAGCUCUCCGAUGACUCCGACAUCGAAGGGCACCCCAACAAGCGCGAAGCACGCAAGCAGCGCAUUGCUGCCUUCCAAGCAGAGAUCGCAUGCAAUAACGUGCUUGCACCGCGUCUUAAGAUAAUACGCGAGCGUUUUACAGGGGAGACUGCUGAUAAUACCCAGACGACGGGGCAGUGGGCAGAAGACUUCGGAGGAUUCGAACGUCUCGAGACGUCUCCUUCAUCCGCUGCGCCCCCCACGAAUGCAAAGAAUCAGCCCACGUACGAUGCAAUGGUCCUUUCUCUGCUAUUACAGAUAUAUGACGAAGCCAAGCCUCUCCCAAGCGAUGAGCAAGAGAGAAGCCAUCCUCAGCUGUCUAGAUCGGCAUAUAUCACAGAGAAAGACUUGGAGGAAGAGGUGCGCGAGCAGAAAAAGCAUAUCACUAGUGAAGACAUCAAGGAAGGGUGGGAGAACAAGUACGUUCCUCCACCGCCCGCUCCCCCACCGAUCAAGAGUGCAUCAUCCGAUACCUCCAAGAAGAGGAAGACGACAACGGCUACUACUACCUAUGAAGUCCUCAACCCAGGGGCUUCUUCGUCUGCAGCUGCCCAAUCUGAAGCACUGGCAUCGGUGAUGGUGAUGACUGAUGAUGAACUUCCCGAACUCACACCUGCUCUCACACAAUUUUCUCACUUGCCUUUGUGGGACUAUGAGGCUUCCUUUUCCUUCAUCCAGCAAAAUCGCGCCGUAUUUGUACCGGGCGCAUCGGACGCGCUCCUCGUGGCUGCAUUCCGAGCUCAGGUGGAAGGCAAGGCCAAGUACGCCAAGCAGUGCUACUGUGACAAGCUCGGUAAAGACGGCGUUCGCGUGUUCUUCCAAAAGAUGAUCGGAGGCGACAAACGCGCCAUCCCCGUGUUCGCGAAAGACGUUGAGGAUACGUAUUCACACAUCGUAACACGCGCCAAGGCCACUGCUGCGUCAUCGUCUGGCUCUGCACAGAAGGAGCAAAUACAACUCGUCCCCGAGAACCCGAAUGCGACGAUUAGCUUCAAUGUGCCCGAUGGCCUACCGCCGGAUGAUCUCCGUCUCGAGGGACCGGGCACAGAAGAUCUUGGCAUCGAAGAAGUCCGCAGGGCUCUGACGAUGCGUUGGCAAGUAUUCAACUCGUUCCCCGAGCCGCUGAAGGUGGCCCUUAAAGAGGGAACACUGGAGGCCGUGAAUAAGGUACUUGGGGAGAUGGAAGUUGCGGAGGCAGAGGACGUCGUGUCGAAGUUAGACAUGACUGGGAUCAUGAAUUUUGCUGAAGGUGGCAUCAGGGACGAAACGGCUAAGGCCGCGGAGGUCGAAGGUGAGGAACAGGGCGACAGACAGGGCGACGGAGACGGAGAGGGAGACUGAAGGAGAAGGGGCAGGCACGUUGAUUUAUUUGUGUAGCACUGGCGUUGCUUGUAUCUCAGUGGCGGAGAAGACGGGAAGUACGAAAUUCCAUGUAUUAUACAUGUUCAUCGUCAUAUCGGAAGUAUCGUACGAAGAAUGUAAGGGUUGUAGUAGCGCGGAGCUUCAGUCAAGUUCUCCAAG